UUAGCUCCUUCUCAUCCCUCUCUCUCUCUCGCCCCCUCUUGCAGGAGAAGGAGAAGAAAUACAUGUUGCCUUUGGAUAAUUUGAAGAUCAGGGACGUGGAGAAGGGCUUCAUGUCCAACAAACACGUCUUCGCCAUCUUCAACACGGAGCAAAGGAACGUGUACAAGGACCUGCGGCAGAUCGAGCUGGCCUGCGACUCGCAGGAGGACGUGGACAGCUGGAAGGCCUCCUUCCUCCGGGCAGGAGUUUACCCGGAGAAAGACCAAACGGAGAGCGAGGAGGGGGCCCAGGAGAACACCUUCUCCAUGGACCCUCAACUGGAGCGGCAGGUGGAGACCAUCCGCAACCUGGUCGACUCCUACGUGGGCAUCAUCAACAAGUCCAUCCGCGACCUCAUGCCAAAGACCAUAAUGCACCUCAUGAUCAACAACACCAAGGAUUUCAUCCACUCGGAGCUGCUGGCCUACCUGUACUCCUCGGCCGACCAGAGCAGCCUGAUGGAGGAGUCGGCGGAGCAGGCGCAACGGCGGGACGAGAUGCUCCGGAUGUACCACGCGCUGAAGGAAGCCCUCAGCAUCAUCGGGGACAUCAGCACCAGCACCGUCUCCACCCCCGUCCCACCCCCCGUGGACGACACCUGGCUCCAAACCAGCUCUGCCCACAGGUCACCGGGGAAUUUGGGGAUUCCUGGUGGGAUUUGGAGGGAUAAAAACCCGAUUCGAAACCCGGUUUGGUUGGAAACCCCAUGGAGAUCCACCAAGGGCAAGCGUAGGGUGAUGCCCCCCCAACAACCCCCCCAUGAGGAGAGGUUGGGGGUGACCAACUGGAGCACUGGGACCAGUUAUGGGUUCCCCAGUUCCAGAAGGACAGGGUGGAGAGGGUGGAGCAAAGGGCCAUGAAGAUGAUGAGGGGCUGGAGGAUCUCUCUGCUGGGAUAAAGGCGGAUUCGAAACCCGGUUUGGUUGGAAACCCCAUGGAGAUCCACCAAGGGCAAGUGUAGGGUGAUGCCCCCCAACAACCCCAAACCAGGAGAGGUUGGGGGUGACCUGCUGGGGAGCAGCUCUGAGGAGAAAGACCUGGGGGUCCUGGUGGACAACGGGGUGACCACGAGCCACCAAUGUGGUGGCCAAGGAGGCCAAUGGCAUCCUAGGGAGCAUCAGGAAGAGCGUGGAGAACCUCAGGGGAGGUCAUCACCCCCACUCUGGUCUGCCCCAUCUGGAGCACUGGGACCAGUUGUGGGCUCCCCAGUUCCAGAAGGACAGGGUGGAGAGGGUGGAGCAAAGGGCCAUGAAGAUGAUGAGGGGCUGGAGGAUCUCUCUGCUGGGAUAAAGGCGGAUUCGAAACCUGGUUUGGUUGGAAACCCCAUGGAGAUCCACCAAGAGCAAGUGUAGGGUGAUGCCCCCCAGGGAGGAACAACCCCCCCAUGAGGAGAGGUUGGGGGUGACCCGUUGGGGAGCAGCUCUGAGGAGAAAGACGUGGGGGUCCUGGUGGACAACGGGGUGACCACGAGCCACCAACGUGGUGGCCAAGGAGGUCAACGGCAUCCUGGGGGGCAUCAGGAAGAGCGUGGAGAACCUCAAGGAAGGUCCUCCCCCAACUCUGCUCUGCCCCAUUGGAGCACUGGGACCAGUUGUGGGUUCCCCAGUUCCAGGAGGAGAGGGAACUGGUGGGGAGGGUCCAGGGGGGACUGGGAGGAUGAUGAGGAGCUGGAGGAUCU